CUCUAGCGGGUGGGGCAGACCUGGGCUGGCCUCAGGGAGAACUGCAAGGGCGUCUGUGUCAGCACGCCCACACCAGGCCACAACAAUUGCCGCCACCAAUGUCCCAGUCCCUGGAGAGGUCUCACCCCUCACCGAGAUGCACUCAGGGUCUAUUAGAUGCUGUGUUUCAGAACGUACAAAAUCAAACCUGCCAAGCAAAGGACUGGUAGAGUGGAGUCUACUGCCUUCCCCCAGCUGUACGUCCUUAAGCUCCAUAGACAAACAACAGCCAUUUGGACCAUUGUGCUUGGACAAUGCAGUCUACAAUCUAAUGUCGGCGAGACUCUUGGCUCAUCAUUAAUAACAAUAACAAUCACAAUAGCAACUGCAUACACUGCACUUUAGAACACACUUAACGUAAAUGACUCCAAUUAUGUGAACUCGCUUGUGUCUAGCAAUAGGUCCCACUUGACAGGGGAUGAAGCUAAGGCUCUGGGUUUGUCUCUGAGUCAUUUGCCAAUUAUUUCCAGUUCUCCCCCUUCUGGUCUUCAAGGGAAAAGGCCAAGCAGCCUAUACUUAAUCUCUUCUGCUAUACCACCCCGGGUGUGACAUUGUGCUUUGAAGGCCUCUUAGAGCUGACACUGACUCUGGAUGACCUCACAGGAAAGAUGGUGAAACCAAGCAUUGCCGUAUAAACAUGAGCGCUUCCUAGGGCAUGGCUGAUGCAGCUGCUGUGAGAGCCCUGCGCAGCCUCUGCCAUCUCCACUAUGAAGAUCACUGGGGGUCUCCUUCUGCUCUGCACAGUGACCCGUUUCUGCAGCAGUUUAGAAGCUGCUAGUCUGUCUUCAACAACAGUGGACUGCAGCAUUUACAAGAAGUACCCAGUGGCGGCCAUCCCCUGCCCCAUCACAUACCUGCCUGUUUGUGGUUCUGACUACAUCAUCUAUGGGAAUGAAUGCCACUUGUGUACCGAGAGCUUGAAAAGCAAUGGGAAGGUUCAGUUUCUUCAUGAAGGAAGUUGUUAACCUCUCCAUAGACAUGGAUACAGAGCGAUGAU